CUUAAUAAUUAUUUCCGCUUGUCCCGCUCUGCCGCUUCAGUUCUUUGUGUGGUUUCUACGUGACAAAAAAAAAAUAGAACACGUCUUUUUAAUGUUUAUUCUUAUUUCAUUAGGAGAUACAUCGAUUAACCAGUAGGAAUGAUUUUUUUAUUCCAUAGUUAUGAAUAAAACCCAUACACCACGUAUGUAUGUUAUAAGGUGUUCGUUUGUAGAAUAAAAUCACUCUUAUCAAUCAAUCACACUGAGAUAAGACCUUUAAUCGCACUUUGAAACAAACAGUUCGCAUCAAAUACUCCAAUUUUAUUACAUUUUUUUUUCUGUACACAUUAUUUAUAAAAUAAUGUACAAUCAACCGCAAGGAAAAUGUGACUAAAGGUUUCAGUGUGCGAUUCUUUUUUGUUAUCGUAUCUACAAUUGUACACAACAAUUGUCGACAUUCUUUUUUUCUAUUAAAGAUGCGCACUUUCACCUUCUUAUUUUUCAAUUUUACACAUUAGUUUUGUUCUCGUACCAUUCCUCAACUAAAAGGAAAGGAUGUUUCUCUCAUUAUCAGAAAAAUAAUCUGAUUUAUAGCGUUCUCAAACUGUAAUUGACUGUAAAACUUUAAAUUAAUCUGUUAUCGAAGAUGCAAUUAAGCGAAGAAAUUAACGAUUAAAAUAAAUGUCCCAAUUUUUUGGACUUUCCCCUACUUAGAUGUUGCUUUUUUUUCAGUAAGAUUGAAAUUCAGUUUACUUUAGUAUCUUCGUCCAAUGUCUUAUUCAUAUGUAUGAAGUCUGUCAUCUAGUUAAUUUAUUUCUGUCCAUCUGUAUAAGUCAAUUUCCAUUUGGUAUAAUGAGCUUUCACAAAUGCAGAUUAUUUGGUAAUUGUGUCGCAAAACUAGGAUGUUGCUCCGUGAAUGCGAUUUUUUUUCAUUGAAUUUCUAUGUAUAGGUACCUACUGUAUUUAUUAAUAAUAAAAGCAAUCAAAAAUACAAUGGCUUUAAAUGGGGUCACGCAAAAAAUAAUUAUUAUUCGCGAUGAGUUUAAUUAUUGUUUUAAUUCCGGUCCUUGGUAAUUUCCUUCCGGUAGUACCCAAUCGUGCGAUCGUCCAAAUCUUGAUCAACUUUUAAUCCCGAACACGAUCGACGAUCUACUACCUGAUAAAUUUCCCCCUCUUCAAGACUGUAGCAGCAGUUUCUGAUUAUUUAAUUCAUUUGUUUAUUAUGACCAUUGCAAUUAUUCCUAUCGAAAGGAGUUCCACGGGCUAUCGAGAUCUCAAUGAACAAUAAAAUUGUAGUUUCUUGCCGGUCGUUGUUAGUGUGUUGUUUGCUGAUAGCGUGUUUUUGUUUCUUUCGGUUUUCUUUUUUUUUUAUUAUCAGCACGAUAAGUUAGUUAGUAAUGCAUUAUUGGAAAUUCCGUUUUGUUCACUUUAUUAUUUUUUUCUGUUAAUGUAAUAAUUGUUAUUUUGCGCUACACCAGCCAAUUGUUUUUUUUUUUUAUGUAAUAGCAUCCACAUACAUUAACUGACGAUGAGUGCUACUAUAUGUAAUAAUAUAAUAGUGUAGAGAAGUGAUUUUCUUUUUUUUUUUUUCUUUUACUUUUAUUAAGUGUUACAAGUUUAGAGUUAGAGCUGGCGAAAAAAUUCUUUCAGUUUUGUUCGUGAUUGUACCAUUGCCUUUGUUGCAUGCGUUUACCUGGUUGUUAUUAGAAGGAUAUUCACUGAAAACCAACAAGAAAAAUGAAGAAUGUCCAGCUAUGGUUCAAAGGGGUGAGAAGUUCAAAGUUUCGUCACGUUUAUGGGGAACCAGCCAAAAGGGAGAAAUGUUACGAGAAUGUAAAAAUAACGAAAAAUGCCCACGACUCCCAAUUUUGUGCUGUAAACCCGAAAUUUUUAGCUGUUGUUACUGAAGUUGCUGGAGGUGGGGCAUUUGUAGUCCUACCUUUAGACCAUACAGGGAGGCUAGAUUAUAACGCAUACCGAGUGACGGGUCACAAAGGACCCGUUUUAGACAUUAAAUGGAACCCGUUCGAUGAUAACGUAAUCGCUUCGUGUUCCGACGAUUGCACUGUAAAGUUGUGGAGAAUACCGGAUGGUGGUCUAUCCUACCAUUUAACCAAUUGGAUUGUAGAACUUGUUGGACAUAAAAGAAGGGUUGCCUACAUAGAAUGGCACCCCACUGUCGAAAAUGUACUUUUUAGUGCAAGUUUUGACCAUUUGGUGAUAGUAUGGAAUGUAGAGAAGGGGGAAGCCCUGAACGUUUUGGACUGUCACCCCGACGUAAUUUAUUGCAUGUCCUUAAACCGGGAUGGCAGCUUAUUGGCUACGACAUGCAAAGAUAAGAAAUUAAGAGUUAUAGAACCGAGAACAGGCAUUGUAAAAUCUGAGGGCGUAUGCCAUUUAGGUUCAAAGGCCAGCAAGGUGGUUUUCCUAGGGUCAACCGAUCGUCUGUUGUCCACAGGAUUUUCGCGACAUUCUGACAGGCAAUACGCCAUAUGGGACCAAAACGAUCUCUCGACCCCGCUGACCACGGACACAAUAGACAGUUCGUCAGGGGUCGUCUUUCCCUUUUUUGACCCCGACACCAACAUAUUGUUUUUAGCGGGGAAAGGCGACGGUAACAUACGCUAUUACGAAAUCGUCCCCGAUCCCCCCUACAUCCACUAUUUGAGCCAGUUUCUAUCAGGAAAUCCUCAGAGGGGUUUGGGUUUUAUGCCGAAACGCGGUUUAAACACGAGCCAAUGCGAAGUGUUUCGCUUUUACAAAUUGCACACCAUCAGGGACUUGUGCGAACCAAUAAGCAUGAUAGUACCAAGAAAAAGUGACCAAUUCCAUGACGAUCUCUACCCCGACACGGCGGCUCCGCAGCCGUCCCUUUCGGCCCAGGAAUGGGCCUCUGGGCGAAACGCGGCGCCCAUUUUAAUGCCCAUGAAAGCAGGGAGCCAAACGCAGGUGCCGAUUCAAAGACCCAGGGUCAACAAACAACCCCAACCCGUCGUGGCUUCCAUGGAGAAUAACAAAAGGAAAAUGGCGUUUCUUCAAACCGAAACCAUUCCAGAUUAUAGACCGAAGGACCAGAUUAUGGAGAAAAGCCAAAAAACCACGACCAACCAGAAUACCAAGUUUCAACAACUUCAAGAGAAAUUCCAGGGAUUCGUCAACAAUAAAAGUAGCACAGAAGAAUUGCAUUACAUUAAAAAUUACUCCAACGUUGAUAAUAUUAACGUUGAAGAGUUAAAACGGGCGUACUUACGUCAAAUGGAAGAAAUACGACUGUUGAAGAAGCAACUGUCGAACAGCGAAAUGAAAGUAAAAGAACUCGAGGAACAAAUUAAAAGGCUACAGGGACACCAAAUUCACUCAUAGCUUUUUAAUUAAAUAAACUGACGAACAUCUCUUGCUUACUUUCAGCGUAUUUUGUUAUUGUACAUUAUCAUUUUUUUUUUUAUUAUUGUGAUCUACGAAUAUACAUAAAUAUUGUUAUAUUAUUUUUUUCUGUUAAGCUCUAGGUAAGUGCUCGAAAAUUUGCAUAGGGACUGAAGAAGAAAAUCGGACGCUCUCAAAACAGGUAACGAAUUAUUAUUACGAAAAAUAUGUGCAAUUUGAUUUUGAUUGAUUACCGUUCGCUUUAAAUCACUUAACUGAUAGCUUCAAAACGCAUAAAAUAUAACUACCCAAAAACAAAUGCUUUCUAAACAAAAAAAAAAGUUAAAAACAAUUGGUGUACUGCUUAUAAUUAGAGCCGAAUUUACUCCUCAUCAAUUUUUGUGCCAUUAAGUACGAAGAAAGUCAAACAAACAAACGUGAACUUUUAACAUAAUUAUAAUAUGUACCCAGAUUAUUUGUACAUCCUCCAAUAUUAUACGUAUUUUUAUAAAACUAAAACUUUAAAAUUCCAUUCAAACAUAUCUUAAUAUAUGUAGCAAUAUUAUUAAUGUUUAAAAAUCCCUUUAGUUGUAUGAUAGUUUCCCCUUUAGAACACAAUGUGAUAAUUUUUACCACAAAUAUGUCCAAAAUUUUAAUUAGAAUAUACACGACACGAUUUAGUACAGUAUUAAAACAAAAAAAAUGUAUUCGUACGUUAGUUCAUAAUUUUUGUUAAGACAGAAUAGACUUUUAUAAACAAAUUUAUAUAAAUGAAACUCAUAACGCAAUAAAAUUUACAAGUGCGAACAAAUGCACUUCGUAUAAUGGUGUUCAUUUUUGUUAGAAAAAAAGAUGCCUAAUGUUGUGCUCAUUAUACAAGGCUUUGUUUUUAAACAACUGAACUAAAACAAAGGAAUAAAAAUAUAAACAUCGAGAUCAUCAUUGUUGUUGUAAACAAACGAAGGGAAAAAAUUAAACAUCGAAGUAAUUCCCCCCUUGGUUCAGUUAUUUUUUGACAAUUCCUUGGAUAAAUCGUUUUUAUUUUAUUUUUUAUUAAAACAAAAUGAAUGACUUUAUGUAUUCUAUUGUGUAAUCCACAGUCGUUGUUUUAAAAUACAUAUUAAAAGAAUCAGUACGUGAUAGAAGUAAGUAUUAAAUGAAAUUAAUUAUAUUUUUGCUAAGCUUAGGCGGAAAUGUGUAUGUUGUAUCAGAUUAUCCACUGCAUUUAAUGUGAACCAAUUGAAAAGGCGCUAAUAAAUAAAAUACAUAUAAUAAGUAA